AUAUGGGUACCAUGGCCGAACCAGGGCGAUUAAACGAAAAGUGGAGCUAGACUGGGGCACAGAAGACAUGGAGUAUCUACAGAAGGUGGAGCUCCAUUCAGAAGGGGCGCUGAAUGAAGUACGGCCCGACAUCAUCAUAUACAAUGCAGGCACGGACGUUCUUGAUGGAGACCCUCUCGGAGGUCUGGCUAUAUCCCCACAGGGUAUUGUAAAGAGAGAUGAGAUCAUCUUCAGGGCAGCCCAGCGACGAGGAAUCCCCAUCCUUAUGGUUACGUCAGGGGGCUACCAGAAGAAAACUGCUCGCAUUAUUGCUGAUUCCAUCUUGAAUCUGCACAGACAGGGCUUGAUUGGUGAAGAGGCUGUAGAAGGUGUGGGACCCUCACAUGUCCCGCUCAUGAUGAGCAAAUCUGUGUCAUCAGGGGCCACGUUCAGUGCCAUUUAAACUCUCCUGAUCUUGGACCUUGUCAAAGACGCUGUUCUGUUACCUAAUGCAAACACUUAGAAUUAAUAUAUAAUGUUCUGGUCAGGGAUCUAAUGGUUUGGUAGUUUGGACUGAAAUUGACUCAGGAUAGUUUUCGUAGUUCAUUGAUUUGAACUAUUUAACUCGUAUGUUGCAUUUUUUGUGAUAGUUUUGGUAAGAAAUUUUGAGAUUGGGUAAUAUUUUCCAUUUUUCCAUCAUUUCUUAAGGGUCUUUUAUGCAAUGCUUGUUUGCACAUAAAAUUUUCAAAGGAAUAGCUUACCCAAAAAUACAUUUUGUCAUCAUUUGCUCACACUCAUUCCAAAUCCAUUCAGUUUUAUUAUAUGGAAAAGAACAUUUCUCAUUUUGUGUUCCACAGAAGAAAGACAAUUAUACAGUUUUGGAAUGACAGAAUUUUCAUUGUUGGGUGAACUAUUCGUUUAAACCAUUUUAAUUGGUGCCCACAAGUUGGAAUUGGAAGGGAAUUGAUUUCUUCUCAAUUUCAAAGUCAAAAAACAAAAACUAAGGGAUAUUGUACAUUCAUUUCUCUAGAAGUCCCCAGUUUGAGAUACACACACAAGAAAAAUAUACUGUAUGCCAGGAGUUGAUUUUAUUGAGCGAUUUGUGGCAGCUCUCUGCAACAUUAUAUUAGAUUUACUCAAAAUUAAAUUAUACCAUUAUGAAUCAAUUUUGGAUUCAUUACAGAUUCCUCAUUGCGUCGACCUGCUCUGCUAUCACGCCUUAAAUUAUUCUGUGACAUUAAAUGGAAGUUGCUCUUAGGACGUGCUUUUGUGACCAGUUGGUUUUAGCAGCACGCUGGAAUUCUCAUUUGUGUGCAUCAGCAGGUGGACCACUGUCAGGCUAAGUGCUUUCUAUCAUAUUACGCCUGGCAGGCUUUUGAAACGUCUUCAGGCUGAGGCCGGGGCUCUCUCUAUUAGGAAAUGAAACUCUUCAUUGGAGAGUCCGAGAGACACUGCAGUUGGUUACCAGUGACAGUUCUAAAGCCGUCAUCUUGUCUGCCUCAAUUUAACAAAAUGGUUCCUGUCAUCUAGAGCAGGGUUUCCCAAACUUUUUUUAGUC